UAGAGAAAUAUGAGUAGAGUACAUGAAAGGAGCUCAGCUUCACACUUCAGCUGGGAAUGCCCCAAAAGCUCACUGCUGUUUGGAAUUCUUGCUACAGUCAGGAGAAAGCCACACAGGCACUAAAUCUUCUACGACGGAAUUAGAAGAAUAAUGACUGUACAAUUAGCUAUCAAGCCCUGCUCAUUUAAGCACAGCUUUUACAGAAAUCAGGAGAAAUAUGGAACUUGAUUGGCAUGUUUUCAUUUGAUGGUUCCUGCAAAAUAAAUGACUUUAAAGACAGGUGGUAAGGAAAAAUAAGAGGAAAGCAAAAAAGAAAGAAAAUGCAAUUUGAGACAUUGCGCCAGGUCUGCAAUUCUGUCUUAUCUCAUUUCCAUGGGGUUUUCUCAUCCCCACCAAAUAUUUUGCAAAACGAGCUUUUUGGACAAACGCUGAACAAUGCAAGGAAAAGGAGCCCAUCAAUAUCAAGAGAACAGAACAGAAGAUACGAUCAACAGCAAGAGAGAGACGAAUAUUCCCAGUAUGCUACAUCAGACAGUGCAAUGCCUAGGUCUCCUUCAGAUUAUGCUGAAAGGAGAUCUCAUCAUGGACCUCAAUUGUUUGAAGAACCUGAACAUGUAGAUUAUAGGGACUCCAACAGGAGAAGUCGUAGACGUUCCAAAGAGUACAUAGAUGAUGAGGAUGUGGAGAAUAGGGAUGAAUAUGAAAGGCAAAGGAGGGAAGAGGAAUACCAAGCACGCUACCGAAGUGACCCUAAUUUGGCUCGUUACCCAGUAAAGCCACAGCCCUAUGAAGAACAAAUGCGUAUCCAUGCUGAAGUGUCCCGGGCACGACAUGAGCGAAGGCAUAGUGAUGUUUCAUUGGCUAAUACGGAACUUGAUGAUUCUAGGAUUCCUAUGCUAAGAAUGGAACGGCAGUCAAGGCAAAGGUCCACAUCAGAGCGCAGGGCUGCCAUGGAAAACCAGCGCUCUUAUUCAAUGGAAAGAACUCGAGAGACUCAGGGACCCAGUCCUAAUCGUCAGAGGAGCACAAAUCAUAGCCCUCCUACCCCUCGGAGGAGUCCAAUCCUUAUUGAUAGACCUGACAUGAGGCGCACUGACUCAUUAAGGAAACCACACCACUUAGAUCCCAGUUCUGCUGUCCGGAAAACAAAACGUGAAAAAAUGGAAACCAUGUUAAGGAAUGAUUCCCUCAGCUCAGAUCAGUCUGAGUCAGUAAGACCUCCACCACCAAAGCCUCAUAAAACAAAGAAAGGAGGUAAAAUACGGCAGGUUUCCUUGAGUAGCUCAGAAGAGGAAUUGGCUUCCACACCAGAAUAUACAAGUUGUGAUGAUGUUGAGAUUGAGAGUGAGAGUGUAAGUGAAAAAGGAGACAUGGAUUACAACUGGUUGGAUCAUACGUCUUGGCAUAGCAGUGAGGCAUCCCCAAUGUCUUUGCAUCCUGUAACUUGGCAGCCAUCCAAAGAUGGAGACCGUUUGAUUGGUUGUAUUUUAUUAAACAAGCGCUUGAAAGAUGGAAGUGUCCCCAGAGAUUCAGGAGCAAUGCUUGGUUUGAAGGUUGUAGGAGGAAAGAUGACUGAAUCAGGUCGACUCUGUGCAUUUAUCACCAAAGUUAAAAAAGGAAGUUUAGCUGAUACUGUGGGGCAUCUUAGACCAGGUGAUGAAGUAUUAGAAUGGAAUGGAAGGCUACUACAGGGAGCUACAUUUGAGGAAGUUUACAACAUCAUUCUAGAAUCUAAACCAGAGCCACAAGUGGAACUUGUGGUUUCAAGGCCUAUUGGAGACAUCCCCAGAAUCCCUGAUAGUACACAUGCACAACUGGAGUCUAGCUCUAGCUCAUUUGAAUCUCAAAAAAUGGAUCGCCCUUCCAUUUCUGUUACUUCUCCCAUGAGUCCUGGAAUGUUGAGGGAUGUUCCGCAGUUCUUGUCUGGACAACUUUCAAGCCAAAGCCUUAGUAGAAGAACAACGCCUUUUGUUCCUAGGGUUCAGAUAAAACUCUGGUAUGACAAAGUUGGUCAUCAAUUGAUAGUUACAAUUUUGGGAGCAAAGGAUCUCCCUUCCAGGGAAGAUGGGAGACCACGGAAUCCUUAUGUUAAAAUUUACUUUCUUCCAGACAGAAGUGAUAAAAAUAAAAGAAGAACCAAAACAGUAAAGAAAACAUUGGAACCUAAGUGGAAUCAAACGUUCAUUUACUCUCCAGUUCAUCGGAGAGAAUUUCGAGAACGGAUGUUGGAGAUUACUCUUUGGGAUCAAGCUCGAGUUAGAGAGGAAGAAAGUGAAUUUUUAGGAGAGAUUCUAAUUGAAUUAGAGACAGCAUUAUUAGAUGAUGAGCCUCAUUGGUAUAAACUUCAGACACAUGAUGUCUCUUCAUUGCCACUUCCCCACCCGUCUCCGUAUUUGCCACGACGACAGCCACAUGGGGAGAGCCCAACAAGAAGGUUGCAAAGGUCUAAGCGAAUAAGUGACAGUGAAAUCUCUGACUAUGAUUGUGAUGAUGGAAUCGGUGUAGUGUCAGAUUAUCGACACAAUGGAAGAGACCUUCAGAGUUCAACAUUGUCAGUUCCAGAACAAGUGAUGUCAUCAAAUCAUUGUUCACCAUCUGGGUCCCCUCACCGAGUAGAUAGUAUAGGAAGAACUAGGUCAUGGUCACCCAGUGUCCCUCCUCCACAAAGUCGAACUGUGGAACAGGGACUUCGAGGGACACGACCUUCUAGCGGACAUUAUAAUACUAUCAGCCGAAUGGACAGACAUCGUGUCCUGGAUGACCAUUAUUCUCCAGAGAGAGAUAGUCAUUAUCUCACUCUACCUCGCUCCAGAUACAUUGAUCAUCAUCACAGGGAUGUCAGGAAUUGUGAAGCAGCAGAUAGACAGCCAUAUCACAGAUCCAGAUCAACAGAACAACGGCCUGUCCUAGAGCGGACCACCUCCCGCUCCAGAUCCACUGAACGUCCUGAUACAAACCUCAUGAGGUCGAUGCCUUCAUUAAUGACCGGAAGAUCUGCCCCUCCUUCACCUGCCUUAUCGAGGUCUCAUCCUCGUACUGGGUCUGUCCAAACAAGCCCAUCAAGUACUCCAGUGGCAGGACGCAGGGGACGACAGCUCCCACAGCUCCCGCCAAAGGGGACCUUGGAGAGAAACAAUGGAGACAAGGAGAUAGAACCUUAUGAAGAAGAAGUGGACUCAGCAAGGAGAAGAAACUCAGGUUCUAUGGAUAUAGAGGAGAGAAACCGCCAAAUGAAAAUUAAUAAAUACAAACAGGUAGCAGGAUCAGACUCCAGACUGGAACAAGAUUACCAUUCUAAGUAUCGCUCAGGGCGGGAUCUUCAUCGAGGUGCAGACAAUAUUUCCACUAAAUCUUCAGACAGUGAUGUAAGUGAUGUGUCAGCUGUAUCAAGGACUAGCAGUGCAUCUCGUUUCAGCAGCACAAGUUACAUGUCUGUCCAAUCAGAACGACCAAGAGGAAAUAAGAAAAUCAGUGUCUUUACAUCCAAAAUGCAAAGCAGACAGAUGGGCAUCUCAGGAAAGAAUAUGACUAAAAGCACCAGCAUCAGUGGGGACAUGUGCACAAUAGAGAAGAAUGAUGGCAGCCAAUCUGAUACCGCCGUGGGCACCAUGGGCACCGGUGGCAAAAAGCGGCGCUCCAGCAUUGGGGCAAAAAUGGUAGCUAUUGUGGGUCUCUCACGAAAAAGCCGCAGUACAUCCCAGCUCAGCCAAACUGAAGCUGGAGGGAAAAAACUAAGGAGUACUGUCCAAAGGAGUACAGAAACUGGCCUGGCAGUAGAAAUGAGAAACUGGAUGACUCGACAGGCAAGCCGCGAAUCUACAGAUGGAAGCAUGAACAGCUAUAGUUCUGAAGGAAAUUUGAUUUUCCCUGGUGUCCGAUUGGCCUCAGAUAGCCAGUUCAGUGAUUUUCUGGAUGGCCUUGGUCCAGCUCAGUUAGUUGGGCGUCAGACAUUGGCCACACCAGCUAUGGGUGACAUUCAGGUUGGAAUGAUGGAUAAAAAGGGACAAUUGGAGGUAGAAAUAAUUCGGGCCCGUGGCCUUGUUGUAAAACCAGGUUCAAAAACACUGCCAGCACCAUAUGUAAAGGUGUAUCUCUUAGACAACGGAGUCUGCAUAGCCAAAAAGAAAACAAAAGUGGCAAGAAAAACACUGGAACCCCUUUAUCAACAGCUGUUGUCAUUUGAUGAAAGUCCACAGGGAAAGGUUUUACAGAUCAUUGUUUGGGGAGACUAUGGACGAAUGGAUCAUAAAUCCUUUAUGGGAGUGGCCCAGAUACUUUUAGAUGAACUAGAGUUGUCUAAUAUGGUGAUUGGAUGGUUCAAACUGUUCCCCCCUUCUUCCCUAGUAGAUCCAACUUUGGCCCCUCUGACUAGAAGAGCUUCCCAAUCAUCUUUGGAAAGUUCAACGGGACCUUCUUAUGCUCGUUCAUAGCAUCUGUAAAACUGUCAUAGCAACCAGCGUUACAAAAAAAAAAAUUACAGGUCGCAAACCCUGGUAACACUGCAUGCUUACUGUUGUGUCUUCUGAGCCUGUUUCUAGGGAUACAAAGCGAUCCUGUGUUCUCAGAGGAAGCUGCACACAUUGUGCCCUAAAGAAGGCCCUCAGGUGAAGGAGUGGAGCUAUGAAGAACUAAUGGGUUUGGAGUUCAGUGACACUCAUUUUUUUGGUCCAAUCUGAAGCCAUGGAUUAAUAUAAAUCUGUCUCAUGCAACAAGCGUCCUUUUCAAUGACAUCUUUAUUUUUCUUGCUCCUUUUAAAAAAAGAUUCUGUUCUCCCUAACACAUUCCUACCCUACCCCCCCCCAAAAAAAAGCCUAAUGAUGCCACAGAAAUGGAGGUAUGUGACCAUGAAGCCAUUACAAGUCAUUGGGGUAGUAGGAAACAUGAAGUGACAAGCAGGAGACCAAAGAAAUGGUCAGAAAAAAAAAUCAGACCUCCUAUGGAAACAAGCAUAAAAGUGAAGAAGCCCAGCACACACUGGCAGCAUCCAAGAUGAGCAGUGGCAGACCUCUAGCUCCACCUGUCAUUUCAGCAAAAGCCAAGAUGUGAUAGACUCUGAAAAACAAGUUCUGUGGCUAUACUGUACUGUAUGAAAUUAAAGAAACUUUUUUGCAUGGACACAGUUUAGCUGAACACUUAAAUUAUUUUCUCGGGGCUGCAACUUGCAAAAAAAAAAAAGAAUAAAAUCAGCCAUUUUCAACAAUU